AUGCCUGUCGUUGCACCUGGUUGUCUCUUAGCUACACCUUCACUUGUUCUAGCACCGGCAACUAGGUCACCUGGUUUGAUUACUGGUCUUGUUGGUGGUGGUGAGCCAGAUCACGUUGAGGACGCGAUGCGGAAAGAUGAUUCGGACGAUGAGUCUGAUCACAUAUCGGGGGAUAGUGAGGAGGAGACUCCAGUGGCUCCACCUGCACCUCAGGGGCCAUCCAGUUCUGGGUCCCACCAACAACCACCGCAUUUCUCGAUAUUGAACCUGGAAGCAGUGAGUCAACAACCGGAUGAGGCACACACCUUCGGAGGCCAAGGAUUACACGAGGACAAUACUUCUGAGGAAUUUCAGAUUGGGCAAUCUUUCCAGACUAAGGAGGAAGCUGUGAUGAGUGUUAAGGAUUAUAGCAUUCGUCGUGGAGUUCAGAAUCGGGUUAUGGAAUCAGAUCAUCUGAAGGUGGAUACAGCGGUUACGAUAAAGGUGUUGCAAGAAGCUACUAAGUCAACCUACGGAUUCAGGCCUAGUUAUAGGAAGGUGUGGAAGGCAAAGCAGAAGGCAGUCGCACAGAUUUACGGUGAUUGGGAAGAGUCGUAUGCGAAGUUGCCCCAGUGGAUCCUUGGGAUGCAAGCAACGAUGGAUGGAACCGUAGCUUUGUUGAAGACAUCUCUAGUGCGUGUAGGUGAUCGGGUUGAUGAGUCUACAGAGUACUUUCAGCGACUUUUCUGGACAUCCCCUCCAUGCGUUAAGGCUUUUAAAUAUUGCAAGCCACUAAUCAGCAUUGACGGUACGCAUCUAUAUGGGAAGUAUGGCGGGACUUUGCUUCUGGCUAUUGCGCAAGACAGAAACUCGAAUAUAUUGCCAGUUGCAUUUGCACUUGUUGAGGGGGAGAAUGGUGAGUCGUGGGCUUUUAUCUUAUCCCACUUGCGUCAACAUGUGACCCCACAAGAAGGGAUUUUGGUGAUCUCUAACAGACACAAUGACACUAAGGCUGCACUGGAGGCACCAGAUAGUGGUUGGCAACCGCCUCAUGCAUACCGAGCGUAUUGCAUUCGACACGUUGCAGCUAAUUUUGCUCUCAGUUUCAAGGGUCAAGAUGCAAGGCAGAUGCUCGCAAAUGCGGCGUAUGCCAAGACUGAGGCCGAGUUUGACUACUGA